AUGUCCGACACAAGCGAGACCCCCAAACUCACCGCCUCGGCUGGCGAGCAGGCCAAGACUACUCAAGCUGAGGCCACAGCCACAGGUGCCGAUGAUGAGAAAGGAACAUCCUCUCGUCCUCGAUGGACCAUCGAUGAGAAGAAUAAAGUCCUGUUCGAGAUCUACCAACAAGCUGUUGCCGCCAAGUUUCGACCUGACUCGACCGCUAUUAGCCUUCCUAAUCGUACUACGCGCGCUAUUGGAAACUUUUGGGGAGAUUUUAAGAAGACUGCUAAAAGUUUAAAUGAUCAGGAUGAGGGUGGUGCCAAGGGUGCUACUAAGGACGAUGCUAAGGUCCAGAAGCGUAAGGGGACUGCUAAAGAAAAUGAUGAUGGUGCUGCAAAGAAGGGUUUGUGUGAGUUCAAGGUCGAGGACGACGAUGAUAAGUUUGACUCUGGGGAGGAACGAACCAUUUACUAG